AUGGGUCAGUAUAUUUUUACGGCCUCACUCGUUCGGCCAUUUGACUGCGGGAACCAUUGGGACUCAGGGGCUAAAUUACUCGACGACGAAGGAUCCUUUCGACGACGAAGCAUCCUUUGGACCGACCGACCUUACUUCAAGGGAAUACCAACAGGCGAACAAACGCACGACCUCCACGUUUCCCACGAGUCUGCCGGCUCAUUCCCAGCAUAUCCGAUCGCGGCUUGGAAAUCCCGUCUGGUUGUCGAACGAAGCCUUGCUGGAUUGUUGACCUCGAGUGGAAAUCGAAGCAUCAUGAGGGCCCAAUUCUUCUCGCUACUCUUCCUAUUUCUUGCGGGCCUUUCAGCCGCGUGGCCGUGGCCGGAAUGGAUGCCAGAAAUGGACUCGCUGAUCGUGAGGCAGGACACGGGGGAUAAUGAGGCUCAAGCAACUCCUACGGCCCCUAAUGACGCCGCAAGACAAACAACCCCCCCGGCAAACAACAACAACGACUCGGACACCCCUAACAACAACGCCGACGCGGACACCCCAAACAACAACGCCGACGCGGACACCCCAAACAACAACGCCGAGUCGGAACCCCCGACUAGAGCAUCCGAUUCUGGUUCUAGAAGGACCUCCGCAGCCCCGUCCCGCAAGACUUCCUACGACGCCCGCCUCCCAGCCGGCGGCAUCGCCCUGAUCACGCCCGCCGCAACAUCGACGCCCUACUUCAAGAUCGGAGACUACGUGACUUUCGCCUGGAACUACACUUCGCUUUCCUCAACCCCGACGGCGCUGAAUAUCAUGGCGACCUGCUCCGCCAACUCGCAGCUCUACACGCUAGCAGUGAACCAAACGAUCACCAACGCCACGGGCGCCGUGACCUGGGAUACGGGCAGCUACCAGGCGACGGCCGUGCAGAACCCGCUGCUGACCCAGACCUACACGCUCAUCAUCUACGACGUGGACAGCAGCAUCAGCGCCCCAGCCGCGGCUGGCUAUCUCCGCCCCUUCAACAGCUACAGCUUCGGCAUGUACGUGCCGCAGCCGUAUACGCCGCUCACCGAGUUCUCGUGCGCAACUUGCACCAGUGGGGCGUUGAGUGAUCUGGAGCGCAAGGCUCUCGGCAUGGUGCUGGGCAUGGGUGUGCUGACCGUCUUGAGCUUUACCUGGUUCGUGGGAGGCACCGGGGUGAUUUGGUAG